AUGGUACCCGAAGAUGAGAGCUCCUCCUCGGGAGAAGAUGUGAACGUCGAUGAGCAUGAGGAAGAUAAUGAAGAGACCGAGAGAGAUACCUUGGAAGAAAGCCGUUCGGAAACCCUUCGAAGUACAACUCAUCGACGACAGCAAUCGCCUCAUUUGUUCCAGAGUGUCUACGACAAAUACACAUCGUCCCGUCCUGCUGCAGGAGGAGAAUCUCCUCAGAUUGACGCGGAGACAUCCAGCUCUCACUCUGUCAUCCCCGUCCUUCAUCGCCAUGGCUUAAUUGACCCCCCAUCCACCGGCAACUCGAUUGACAACGCCCGAGUGCAAUUCUCGUCUAUAAGCCAUAUCAGGGGUCAACACCUCAACCAAUGGGUGAAAUGGUCCAAAGGAGUCGCUAAAGCACCGGAUAGCGGCUUCGAGCGUAGGCCCCUGGCACCAGGAGAGUGGGUAGUAGUGGGAAGGGGGACAUACGUUGGUGAUCCCGCACAAAUACUUCGACGUAGUUCUGCGAAAACUGGAGAGGAAGGGUACCUAGUCCUAAUCGUCCCCCGUAUCGCGCCGCUUUGGGUUCUGGAUUCCAAGAAGCAUAAGCGAGGUGGCCGCUUUGACGCAAGGUUGUUCAACCCAGACGAAUACGACCUGGAGGUGCCUGAGGGACACGUUCAUCGUCAGUUUUCUUUCCAAGGGAAGAAAUACAGCCACGGCCUAUUGAUCAAAUUCUUUCGGACAUCGACAUUAAAGCCCAUCCAUUGUAUAUCCUCGCGUACCCGUAUUUUCUUCCAAAAACACCCUUUCUCCACGAAAUUCCCAUUUCCUCUACCUGAUUUUUGGUAUUUUGAAUCCGACGAACUCGUUGACGUGGUGGAUGAUCCCUCUGUCCCGAAUGGGCGAGGUAUUCUUCAAAUCGCCGACGAGACGAACUAUACUGUCGAUUUCGCCGAUGCCGGUACUCACCGUGUUGAAAAAACCAGUUUACGGAAGAUCGUUGUCCUUGGUGAUUAUGUUGAAGUUCGUGGUGGACGAUAUGCGGGAGCGGAAGGCCUUGUUGUGGCAAAACAUGGCUCGGUUCUCGCAAUAUCGCGGAAAUCGAGUCGCAAAGGUAUCGACAUGCAUGUCGACGCAAAUUCCUGCAAGCGCAGUUCACGCGCAGCGUUUCACCAUUCAACUAUUCCUUGGUACAACGUAGAGAUUACCAUUAUUCGUGGCAUGUAUUCCCCGCGAGCAGCCGUUGUUAAGGAUGUAAAGCGGGGUCGCUACAACGACUGUCUUGUGUUGAGUGUUUACAUUCCAGAACUGGAGUGUUCCGCAGAGGUGGAGGAUAUGAAUUUCACAUUAAAGGGGUUCACGUCGUUCACGCCUUUAUGGGAGGCUCAUCCCCUCGACCCGAUCCUGCACAAACAGUAUCAUAUUGAUCGUACGAUCAGAGCGAUGCAGUCGGGAAAGGUUCCGUGGCUCGGUAUCGAGGUUGGCAUCAUGCGCGGCCCUUUCAAGGGUUCACGAGCGUUUGUUCGUGAUGUAAAUCGCACGAGUAACGAAUCCACAGUCUCUGGCCUCGAAAUCACAGUUGAACGGAAGGUAUUCACUGGGAAUGGAAGCAAUCGACUCGAAAAGGUGUACUACGAUCAGGUUCGCGAAUGGCGGACAGGCAAGCCUCUAUUUCAGUAUCGGGAGCUCACCAGACAGCAAGAGUUUUAUCUUCCCGAUGAGAAGUUCGAACCCACUGUUGUAACCUUUCAACGUCCGCCUCUGAUGUUCCAACCGCUUGCACUUAAGGAGCGUCCUGGCCCUGUUGACUGGGAACAAUUACUCAAGGAGACAGAAGAAGAGUUGGCCAAACAGUUGAAGGAGAUGGAGGAGAUGGAAGAGUACGAGAGGAACACAGUGAUCUGUCGAGGAGACACUCCCGAACCAAUUCGAGAACCGGGUCCUGUUGUGGAUAUCUGGGAUCCUUUCUUUGAUGAUGAAUGGGAUGAUUUGGACAUGUACAGAUGCUCAUCGCCAGCACCGAAUAAUACCCCUCCAGCGUGUGAAGCGAGCACCAGCUCACAAUCUCUACCCAGUUCUCCAGACCACUGGCUCUUUGACCGUCGACUUCUGAACAUACCGAUUCUUGUCGAUAUUAAGGGAGGCCCUCACGACACGUCACGCAAAAAGACGGGUGUCUUCGUCAAGCCGACACUCUCACCGAUCGGGACGGUAGUCGCGAGAUACAGCACCAGAACCGAAAACUUUGAUCUACCUCAUAGCUGUAUUGCGAAGUACCGAAAGAGACCGAACGGAGAGAACUUGAUGAUCGUUGUUGGCGGAAAUGACGAACAUAUCGGGAACCUUGUACGUGUCAUCGAGUUCUUCCACUCUGACAAGGCCAAAACCGAAAUCUGUGCGGUGUGUGGUGUAGUCUCGGGUCGCGGUAAUGCACAGUUCACAGGGGAAAUAUUUGAGCUCUCGACAAAGCAUCUGGAGUUGGUUGAGGAAACACCUCAAGAUCGGGCAUGGGCCAAGCUUACCUUACUGCCUCGCGUUCAGGCAGCUGCCCGCAAGCAACGUCGACCCAUACGACAGCUGGGGGAGGUUAAUUACGCUACACUUACGCAGGAGAUUCAGCAGCAGAACCAGGACGUUGCUGCCAUAACUUUGUCUAGUAAUGCAGUCAUGUAA